GGUCAGGGAUCCAGGGACCAUAGAUAAGCUCAAGCUAUCGCCCCACCAGCAACCCCUCAUCGCCCCAUCUCUCCCUGAUCCACCACAAAAAUGACCACCACGAUCACGACCAUCUCGCCCAUCAGCGGCGCUGCCAUCCUGACCCGAUCGGGAGUCACCGAAUCCGACUUCCCGCCCAUCCUCGCCACCGCACAAAAAGCCUUCUCGACCUUCCGCCACACGCACCCUCUAGCGGCACGACAGCAAAUCGUCAAGAAGGCCCUACAGAUUCUGGCAAGCAGGUCAGAUGAGCUCGGAAAGGAGAUUACAGAGCAGAUGGGACGGCCGAUUGCCUACACGCCGAAGGAGGUCGCCACUGCGGUGAAGCGCGGAGAGUACUUGCUUAAGGUGUCGGGCGAGGCGUUGAAGGAUACCCCCGGAGAGGUGGAGGAGGGCUUUAAGAGGUGGAUUCGGAAGGAACCGCUGGGGGUUGUGCUGGUUGUUUUUGCGUGGAAUUAUCCGUACUUGAUCCUUGUCAACUCCCUUAUCCCCGCGUUGCUGGCGGGAAACACACUGCUGCUCAAGCCCUCGCCGCAGACUCCAACGAUCGCGGAGCACAUGGUUUCGAUCUUCGAGGAAGCGGGGCUUCCCUCGGGCGUGCUGCAGACAGUGCACUGCGGCGACCUCCCUACGCUAUCCAAACUCGUCGCGCGCCCGGAAAUCGCAUCAAUAGCGUUUACCGGCUCGGUGGCGGGCGGACUCGCAAUCCAGCAAGCGGCAUCCAGCCGGAUCGUCCCCGUCGGCCUCGAGCUCGGCGGCAACGACCCGGCCUACAUCCGCGCAGACGUCGACGUCGCCUGGGCCGCCGCCGAAAUCGUCGACGGCGCCGUCUUCAACUCUGGUCAAAGCUGCUGCUCGAUCGAGCGCGUGUACGUGCACGCCGACAUCUACAACCAGUUCCUUGCCGAGGUCGUCAAUGUCCUCGAGGGCUACAAACUCGGCGACCCCCUGGACGCAGCCACGCACCUGGGCCCCGUCGUGUCCGCCCGCAGCGCGUCCACAAUCGCCGAGCACGUCGCCGACGCCCUCGCCAACGGCGCGCGCCUCCUCACACCAGACGUCUUCUCUGCCGGCCAGGCCCUCGGCCAAACCUUCGUCCGCCCCGAGCUCCUCGCCGACUGCACCCCCAGCAUGCGCGUCAUGCGCGAGGAAACCUUCGGUCCACUCAUCCCGGUGCAAAAAGUCGCGUCGGACGCGGAGGCAGUCGCUCUAAUGAACGAUUCCUCGCUCGGCCUGACCGCGAGCGUCUGGACUAGCGACCUGGCCACGGGCGAGGAGCUGCUGCAUUUGAUCGAGGCGGGCACCGUGUUUGUUAACAGAUGCGAUUAUCCCUCGCCGGAUUUGGCGUGGACGGGCUGGAAGGAUUCGGGAAGGGGGGUUACGCUGAGUAGGUUCGGCUUUGAGCAGUUUGUUAGGCUCAAGAGUUUUCAUCUCAAGGAUUAUCCGAAGUAAAUGGGGCGGAUGGGGAUGUGGAUGGGGAUGGGCCCAGGGCUGAGGGGAUGGGGGACGGAGGGGGGUGUAUUUGUAGAUAAGGGGUGCUACGUAAAAUGAC